AGUGAGGAAAUUAGAAUCUGCGACAUUCAUUUAUUCACUCAUUUGCGAAUGAAAAAUAAAUCGACAUUGUCAAAAUUUUCAAUUGAAGCUGAAUAAAUUCUUUAAAAUCUGUCAACAUGCUGUUUGAAUCUGCAAGUAACAAUAAUAACCAAAUGUCUGAUGAAGAGCUUGAUGAAGCGGUUGCGAGCCACCUGAAGAAGCUCGACACUUUAGAAAUCAUGGAGAAACUAUUGGAGAACGCGAAAUUGCAUCAACCAGACUCUACACCUCCCAACGAGCCCGCCUGCAGUGAUUCUGUCACCUCAGGUGAUUGGGCAGACGCCCCCAAGUCCUGGUUAACCAACCCUCGAAUUUUCACCCGAGAGAUGUUGAAUCUGUCCUCAUUAUUCGGAGCACCCGAGUGGAAAUCCAAAAACGUCUACAGCAUAUCGAAUCCCGGUCCCUUGCAGCCGAAGAAAUUUUCGAUUCAGCCGAGCGAGAAGAGCGAAGAGCCGGAGAAGGAGAACCCAACUUUUUUGGUUAGAACGAGAGAUUAUCUGGCGGAUUAUCAAGAGAGUCAGGGGAUUCCCCGGAAUGAGUACUGUUUCGGUUCACUGCUGAAGGUUAUGGGUCAGGCUACAGGAAAAUCUUUCCUGGCGUUGUUCUUUAUUCUCGUCAACAUUGCUCCCAUGACACAAAUUCUCCUCUUCGUCUCCAGGUUCAUUCUGGAUAAAGCCGUGGGUAUCCUCUCCUCAAAAGACACCCAGCAGAAAGCCACGAAAUCCGCGAUUUUCGGACUCCAGCUGAUCUCAAUCUACAUCUGCCUAUUCUUCAUCUUCGGCUCCAUCUGGCUCCCAAUCCUGCAAAUGGUCUUCGGCAUCAUCUCCCAAAUACUAUUCUUCAACUAA